AUGCAUCUCAUUGCCGCAACACUCCUCUCUCUGGGCCUUGCCUCAGCCUACGACCUCCCAGACAACCUCAAGCAAAUCUACGAUAACCACAAGUCUGGAAAAUGCAACAACAAGCUUGCGGGUGGCUUUAGUGACGGGAUCAACGGUGCCCACACUUUUGCCUAUUGUGGGGACAUCGACAACGCCAUCUACCUGCACAGCUCUGCCAAUGGCGGCCAGUACGACAACAUGGACAUCGAUUGCGACGGAUUGAACGAUAAAGGCGGUGAUUGCGGUGCCGACGAGACUGGCCAGGGUCAGACUGCAUUCAAGGACCAACUCAGCCAGUAUGGCAUCGAGGAUCUGGAUGCCAAUCUGCACCCCUAUGUCGUAUUCGGUAAUACGGACUUCGACCCACAGAAGUAUGGCAUGGAGCCGCUCAGCGUCAUGGCUGUGGUUUGCAACAACCAGGUGUUGUACGGAAUCUGGGGUGACACUAACGGCGAGGACUCGACUGGUGAGGCUUCAAUCUCGUUGGCUCAGAUGUGUUUCCCCGACGAUGGAAUCAAUGGCAACAAUGGCCAUGGCGAGGAGGAUGUCCUAUAUAUUGGAUUCAUCGGCAAGAAUACUACCCCUGGCAGUGACGCGGACUGGACGGCUGGAGAUCGCAACGCGUUCGAGGAGAGUAUCAAGGAGUUGGGUGACAAACUUGUUGCUGGUCUUAAGAGCUAA